GGGCUUCGCGCGCCGCCAUCCCUGGCGCGCGCUCCCGUUUCCCGCGGGAUCGCGGCUCCCGUUCCUCCCCGUCCCGGGUCCGCCCAUGGACGGGUUCGUGGUUAAAUUACCCCGCGGGCAGGCGGGGGAUGGCGGCGGUGGGAAGAGGCCGCCGCCGCGGGAGAUCCGCGCCGAGGGGCUCAGCUGCGAUUACCGCAUCCUCUUCGGCAAGGCCGAGGCGGAUGAGAUCUUCCAGGAGCUGGAGAAGGAGGUGGAGUAUUUCGAAGAUGACAUGACAAAACUGCACGUAUUUGGCACGUGGCACAAGAUUCCCAGGAAGAAGGUCACCUAUGGAGACCCUGGCUUGUCCUACACGUACUCAGGGGUCACAUUCCACCCUAAGCCGUGGAUCCCGGUGCUGACCCGGAUCCGGGAGCGCGUCACCUCGGAAACAGGGCACACCUUUAACUUCGUCCUCAUCAACAGGUACAAAGAUGGCCUGGACCACAUCGGGGAGCACCGGGACGAUGAGAAGGAGCUGGUUCCCCGCAGCCCCAUCGCCUCCGUGUCCUUCGGAGCCUGCCGGGAUUUCGUGUUCCGGCACCGGGAUCACCGGGGCAAGGGAGGGAUGCCAGGCACAGGCAGGAUCACCCUGCAGCUGGCCCACGGCAGCCUGCUCCUCAUGAAGCACCCCACCAACCUCUACUGGUACCACAGCCUGCCCCCACGCAGGAGGGUGCUGGCCCCCAGGGUCAACCUCACCUUCAGGAAAGUCCUGCCCCUGGCCAAGCCAGAAAAUGUUCAGCCAUCGGGGCCUUCGGGCUCUGAAAAGUGAAGUUUUAGUUCCUGCUGGAACUGUGGGAUUCCCAUGUGGUGAUCCAAGGGACUGGAGGAGCAAAUGGACACAAGAAGUUUGGUAAUUUUGCUGCUAAAGCCUGUGACCACUGAUCUCAAUGGUAAGGUUUUUUUCCUCUGGGAAAUGUCCGGCUAAUCCCUAUUUUUGCUGAUUGCUACCCUUGUUUUGCUCUCAGCUGAUCUUUAUCUAAGCAGUGUUCCAAGAAGAUGGAAAUGCUCCAUAGCCUGGAGGCAGCAGUUUAUAAACACUUCGAGCCACAAGCUGUGAUCCUUUAAAGCUGAUACUCUACAGGUGAUGCUGUCACUGAGCUCUGGUUUGCUUGGGGUUUUUUAAUUAAAAUAAAGCAAGAAUGAGCCUGAUGUGGAGAAGGGGAGUGCUGAGGUGCGAGGACAGAGUGCAGUGUGGCUGGAUGAAUGUUUGAGUCACGGUGACUCCUGUCUGCUUGAAUUCCUCUGCUCCUGGGGGAGGCUGCUCUUGUAGGAGGAAGCACAAGAUUUUUCUUCCCUCCCAUCAUUUGUACAAAAACCAGGCAGCAAAAAAUGCCCUUGUGGGGAGGAACUGGCUUGUUCCAUUUCCACUGGAAGGCUGUCACUCUGAGAGUGUAUUUUCCUAAAUAAUUAUCCCACUCUGACUCCCUGAAAACCAUCACCUCCCACACCCACAGGGAAUCCUGCUGAAAAUGAGGGAAUGCUAUCCAGUCCCCAAGAAAUCUUGAGGCAUCAAGGAAUGGCAAGUUCUGGGUGAGAAUGGGAACCAAUUCCUGUGUAACCUGGCUACAGCCACUGGAAUUAGUGCUGGGCUCUGGCCUUCAGUGGUGGGUCCAUUAUUCCUAUGGAAUUAAGGCCUGUGCAGACAAGUGGGAGUUGGUGCUUCCCACCCUCUGCCACUCUGAGAUGCUCUGUGGAACUUGAAGAGCUCCUGCAGAAAAUCCUUCUUAGCCAGAGCUUCUGAAGUGUGGUUUCGGCCCCUUUGGCUCCCAGCUUGGUGUUUGUUUCAAGACAUUCCCAGACUGAUUUUUCUACCAAGUUUGUUCUUUUAUUGCUACUGUACAGUUACAAAAAUACCCUGAAGUGGAAAAAAAGCAACUUCCAACAGCAGUGCAGUGCUUGGACUGGAACAGACAUUUUUAAAUUAACACACAAAAUAAGACAAGAACAAUCCCAACACAGAGAUGUCAUCUUGGAGCUCUUAAUUCUUUACAAUUUAUUAACAUCUUCUCCACCAUGGCAGCUUGGGAAGGAUGAGUACCAGCAUUUGAGCCUUGUGGCUGCAUGGAGCCCUCCCAGAGGGGUAGGUUUGGCUGGAAAACAGAUCCCAGUGACCUCCAGAGGGGGAGGUUUGGCUGGAAAACAGAUCCCAGUGACCUCCAGAGGGGGGAGGAUGAGCUCCCAAAGCCCUGCACAGAUCCCCAGCUCACAGGGGGCUGGGAAGAUCUGGCACAGCUCAGGGCCAGGACUGAGGUGCUGGGCUUUGCUCCCUUCCUUACCUGAGGGUUAAGCCAAGCCCAUCCACUCCUCCCCAACAGGCAAAACCAGAUAAAAGGCUCAGCCCUCCCCUUGAUAGCCCUUGAGGGAGAUCCAGAGUCAAUCCACAGCUCUUGGCAAAAGAAAACCUGCUGGCUGUGCAGGAAGAGCUGACUUUGUCCCUGUCCCAGCUGCCACAUUUCAGCUUUCAGUCCGUAGUGUGCGUGUCCUCUGCCCCUCCUCCAGCACAACUGAGCCAAGGGGCUGCUCAGCUGAGCUCCCAAAUCCAGGGAAAACCCCCAAGCAGAGUGGUGAGCGUGGAUAAUGCAGGACAGCCACUGCUGGCACUGGAAAUGGUUCCAGUUCUGAGGUGCAGGGGCAGAUCUGCUGGAGGGAGAUGUUGGGGUGAUGGUUUUAGAGGGCUGGCUCCUUCUCCAGCUCUGGCAGCUCUGCCUUCAAUGGCCAGAGCAAAUUUUUGGCAUUUUGCAUCCUUGAAGGUAGGUUUGGUGUUUGUUUUUUUUGUUUGUUUGUUUUCUUGGUUUUCUCUUACUUAAAACAGGUUAAAACCAAACUACUGCUCAUGCAGCACAGCCAGGAACCAGGACCCAGCCCAGCAGUGGAUUUAUCAAUAUUUAUGUACUAUGAGCUUCACCUGGGCCAGGAAUUGUGCUCCAGGCUCAGGAAUGAUGA